GGCGCUGUGGUGGGGCUUGCUGGGAUCAUGGCGGAGAAUCACUGCGAGCUGCUGCCGCCGGCCCCGAGCUGCCUCGGGGCGGGACUGGGGGGCGGCCUGUGCCCCCGCUGCAGCGCGGGGCUCGGCGCGCUGGCCCAGCGGCCUGGCGGCGUGUCCAAGUGGGUCCGGCUGAAUGUCGGCGGCACCUACUUCCUCACCACCCGUCAGACGCUGUGCCGGGACCCGAAAUCCUUCCUGUACCGUCUGUGCCAGGCCGACCCCGACCUGGACUCGGACAAGGAUGAGACAGGUGCCUAUUUAAUCGACAGAGACCCCACCUACUUUGGGCCUGUGCUGAACUACCUGAGGCACGGAAAGCUGGUCAUUAACAAAGACCUCGCAGAGGAAGGAGUGUUGGAAGAAGCGGAGUUUUACAACAUCACCUCACUAAUAAAACUUGUAAAGGACAAAAUUAGAGAGCGAGACAGCAAAACAUCACAGGUGCCGGUGAAGCACGUGUAUCGUGUGCUUCAGUGUCAGGAAGAGGAGCUCACGCAGAUGGUGUCCACUAUGUCUGACGGCUGGAAGUUUGAGCAGCUGGUCAGCAUUGGCUCUUCCUACAACUACGGGAGUGAAGACCAGGCCGAGUUCCUCUGUGUGGUUUCCAAGGAGCUGCACAAUUCCCCAUACGGCAUGACCAGUGAGCCCAGCGAGAAAGCCAAGAUUUUGCAAGAACGGGGUUCCAGGAUGUGAGGAACGCAGUGUUGACUGCUGAAGGAAGAAACGUUUUACCUUUUCGUAAGAUGCAACGAACUGCCAUGUCGAGGAAGCUUGGCCGUGAGAAGAAACCUGCUUUUGACAAUUUCUCGAGAUCUGGGUUUGAAUCCUUUUUUGCCUCUGAGGUGGGUGGUGAGAGACAGGACCAGCUGUCCGAGGCUUGGUGUCCGCACUCGGAGGAGGCGUGCUGGCCAGGUGGGCGUCCCCGUGGGGCCUCUGCUUGGUUUUUCCAAGUGCCACGUGGGCCUGAGGCAGGACGCUUCUGACCACCCCUCUAAUCACCGAAGAUCAUUUCAAGGACAGCGUUCUUGGUGCUACAGAAACAGUCUGUAAUGGA